AUGGCCUCUACUUCAACUAUUCUGGCCGCAGCCUUCAUCAAGCCAUUGCCGGUGAGGAGGCCUUCCAAGGCGGCGGCGGAAUCGAGGGUGGUCCAAGUUAGGGCUUCGCUGAAAGAGAAAGCGGGGGUGGGAUUGACAGCGGCGGCGGCAAUGGCGGCGUCGAUGGUGGUGCCGGAGGUGGCUGAGGCGGCGGGGUCCGGGUUAACGCCGUCACUGAAUAACUUCUUGCUCAGCAUUGGGGCUGGCGGAGUGGUGCUCGCGGCAAUCCUUGGGGCUGUGAUUGGUGUUUCUAAUUUCGACCCCGUCAAGAGGAGCUGAGAGUGGAAGAAAAUGGCUUUGGAUUACGGUUUAUAGUAUACUAGCUUUCUAUUUCCUUCCUUCUUGAUCAUGUAACUCUAUCUAAUUAAUGUUUCUAUCUAUCCUCUUGUAUUGGCUUCAAUUCGGUCAAAAGCAUUCAGAAUUCACAAUCGCAAAAUCUGAAAUGCAAUUUCAUUUCUGUUGGGUCAAA